UUCUCGCUAGCUCAUUUCUCCCCUGAGCCCCGUGUCCCAUGGGUUCCCCUGUACCUGUCAGCUGUAAUGCGCCCUGAAAACCAAUCCCAGGGCUCCUUUCAUCUGCUUUCUCCUUCCGGCUUGGUUAGGAGAGGCCUAAGCGGCAAACGGGGGCCGUGAUUGGAAAGCCAAGAGCUUGACUCCGGGUGUAAAGAACUGCGUGAAAAUGGAAGGGAGCUGGCUGUCAGGACAACCAAAGAGUGUGGUGGCUUGGAAGCAGGUGAUUCCUUCAUCAGCAUCAAGUCAAGUUCGAAGUUACUAUGUAGACUGGAAAAUGUUGCGUGAUGUGAAGAGACGGAAAAUGGCUUAUGAAUAUGCAGAUGAGAGGCUUCGGAUCAAUUCGCUCAGAAAGAACACCAUUUUGCCUAAAGAACUUCAGGAAAUAGCUAGUGAAGAGAUUGCUGCCCUUCCACGGGAUAGCUGUCCUGUGAGAAUCAGAAAUCGCUGUGUUAUGACAUCCCGUCCACGUGGUGUAAAGCGUCGCUGGAGGCUUAGUCGCAUUGUCUUCCGCCACUUAGCUGACCAUGGGCUACUUUCUGGAGUUCAGCGAGCAAUAUGGUAAAUCAGUUUCAGAGCCUUCUCAGCUGCCCAGGAAGCCAAUCCUGGCAAAAGAGACUUUACUAAUAGACUAAACCCUAGUUUUUAUAGGGUCUAAUAUGUUUAACCUACCUGAUACUGUCUACAGUUAAAUUACUUUUAGAUUUUUAAAUGAAGAAAUAUGAUUUCUGUCAUUGAAACAUCUUUCCUCUUAACUUUACAAUAGGCAUAUUACUUCCAUACAAGCCAUAGGAGUGAAAUAAAAAUAUUUUCUGCAGAAGUAUGUUGUUUUCCUUCAAGUUUGAUGUUUAGUAACAAAAUAACAUAGUUUAAUAGUGAUUUCACAAAACAUUGUUAUAGACGUCCCAUCUAAUUGACAAGUUGCUUUUCUGUGGCAUUGUAGCACUAGGCUAAUUUCCUUGGCCUACAGUUACUAUGACUUUUGGAAUAAUGGAUGGAGAGCUAAAGAGGAUCUUUUAGAUUAUAUUUAGUGUCACGUUUGUGUGACAGUGAAUAAGAGAACUACUAAGUAGUUUUUUGUUUCAUCUUUUUAAAGUAUUUAUUUGUAUAGAGUUGUUUUAUCUGCAUGUAAUUCUGUCCUCCAUGUGUGCCUGGUACUCAGAGGCCAGAUGAGGGAAUUGGAUCCCAAAUUAUAAACAGUUGGGAAUUAAACUCCAAUCCUCUGGAAGAGUAGCCUGUGUUCUUAACCACUGAGCCAUCUCUCUAGCUCCUAAUUGCCCAACUUUUAAUGCUUAAUCAGUGAGUUCAGAUAGGGCUAGCCUGAUCUUUGCAGUUAAAGCUCACCUUUGCCAGUGACUUACAUAUUUUACUGUGACUGUUACCCUGAUCUUGUUAAGGAUUGUAGUUAUUUUCUAAUUCUGUCUACUCUAGCAGCUUCUCUUUUUCCUUGUAGAGAACUGUCCCAAUUAACAAUUAUGGAACAGAAAAAAAUUGGAAUUAUGUGUACAAAGAAUUGCGAACAAAUAUUAACAGGACUUAACUUUGGUCCAUUUCUGCUAUUAGUUUAUAGAAACAUUUCUCACCAUUCUGGAGAGUAGCAAGUCCUGAUCAAAGGGCCAGUCUAUUUGGUGGUGAAUAAGAGCUUGACUUGUCAGAGGAUGCAAAAGGGAUGAACGCAAUCCUCCAGGAGCUCCUAGGGCCCUGAUCUCAUUCAUGAAACUAUGGCCAGCCUUACUUCCUAAAGGCCCCAACUCUUUAAUACCAGGGACUGGGUGUUAAAUUUCAAUAUGCAUUUGGAGACACAACUAUUUAAACAAUAGUAUGCACAUUGAAUUUAGUACUAAUUAUUCUUAAUCAUCUUUAGAAUAUUUUCAUUUGUCCAUUACUGAGAUGGUUUCUAAAUAUCAUGCCACAAUUAGUGGUACUAGUAAUAUACUGGAAUUUUUAUAUAUUGUGAUAAAAGUAAACAAGCUGGUGACAUUGA